GUUCACGACGGAACGGAUCGAUCCAAUCCAAGUCCGUCCGUCUGUCCGUCGGAAGAUGUUGAAAUUCUUGAAAGGAGUGGUGAGUGGAUCUGUCGGCGGCAUCAAAGAUCUACCUUAUAAUAUCGGCGAUCCUUACCCUUCCGCUUGGGGGUCUUGGUCUCACUUCCGCGGCACAUCCAAGGAAGAUGGAUCUCCAGUGUCAAUAUUUUGUCUUUCCAGUAGUAAUCCGCAGGAUGGGUACUUAGCUGCUGGCCGGAAUGGGGUGAAGCGUCUUCGUACUGUCAGGCACCCAAAUAUUUUGUCGUUUCUUCAUGCCACUGAGGUUGAAACUUUUGAUGCUUCUACUACAAAACUUACCAUCUAUAUGGUCACGGAGCCUGUUAUGCCUCUCUCACAAAAGAUCCAGGAACUAGGUUUACAAGCUACACAAAGGGAUGAGUAUUAUGCAUGGGGACUGCACCAGAUAGCCAAAGCUGUGAGCUUUCUAAAUAAUGACUGCAAGCUUGUUCAUGGUAAUAUUUGCCUGUCAAGUGUUGUCAUCACACAAACCUUAGACUGGAAGCUGCAUGCUUUUGAUGUUCUCUCUGAGUUUGAUGGGAAUAAUGAAGCUGCCACAGGACCAAUGCUGCAAUAUGAAUGGCUUGUUGGAUCACAAUACAAGCCUAUGGAGUUAGUAAAGUCAGACUGGGCUACAAUCAGAAAAUCUCCACCAUGGGCCAUUGAUUCUUGGGGUUUGGGCUGUCUUAUCCAUGAACUCUUCUCUGGUGUGAAGUUGGGCAAAACUGAGGAGCUACGGAGCACUAUUUCCAUUCCAAAGUCUCUGCUUCCAGAUUAUCAGCGGCUCUUGAGUUCCAUGCCUUCUCGUAGGUUGAACACAUCAAAGCUUAUAGAAAAUAGUGAAUAUUUCCAAAAUAAGUUAGUAGACACAAUACAUUUUAUGGAAAUUCUUAGUUUGAAAGACAGUUUAGAGAAGGGUCCCUUCUUCCGCAAGCUUCCAAAUCUCGCAGAGCAACUGCCUCGCCAAAUUGUGCUUAAAAAGUUACUUCCUUUAUUAGCUUCUGCACUUGAAUUUGGUUCAGCUGGUGCACCUGCUUUAUCUGCAUUGUUGAAAAUGGGUUCCUGGCUUUCAACUGAAGAAUUUAAUUUCAAGGUGCUACCAACAAUUGUGAAACUCUUUGCCUUUAAUGACCAACACAUUCGAAUUGAACUCCUGCGGCACAUUGAUCAAUAUGGAGAGUCUCUAUCAGCACAAAUUGUUGACGAGCAAGUUUAUCCCCAUGUAGCAAAUGGAUUUUCAGACGCACACGCCAAUCUCCGUGAAUUGACUCUUAAGUCAAUGCUUGUCUUGGCUCCUAAGCUAUCUCAACGCACUAUUUCCGGAUCUUUGUUGAAAUAUCUUUCCAAGUUCCAGGUUGAUGAAGAGCCUGCAAUUAGAACAAAUACCACCAUAUUACUUGGGAACAUUGCGAGCUGCCUAAAUGAAGGGACUAGGAAGAGAGUUUUGAUUAAUGCUUUUACAGUCCGUGCAUUGCGUGAUACUUUUUCUCCUGCCCGAGGAGCAGGAAUCAUGGCUUUGUGUGCCACCAGCUCUUAUUAUGACAUUACUGAGAUUGCAACUCGGAUUCUUCCAAAUGUUGUUGUACUUACCAUUGAUCCUGACAGUGAUGUAAGGUCAAAGGCAUUUCAAGCAGUUGACCAAUUUCUGCAAAUAGUGAAGCAGUACCAGGAAAAGACUAAUGCUGAAGCCGCAAGCAUAGGUAUCUCAUCAAUACCAGGAAAUGCUAGUUUACUUGGAUGGGCUGUUAGCUCCUCAAACCCACUACCUCUUGCUAGUUCUGGCACACAUCCAACUUCUGCAACCUCCAAUGCCAGCUCAGUGAUGGAUACUUCAAGUACAACACAACUCUCUGUAACUUCCAGCACAGAAUUGACUGAUCAACCUGUACCUGUAUCGCCUACUUCAACAGAUGGCUGGGGAGAAAUUGAAAAUGGCUUUGAUGAACAUGACAGUGACAAAGAUGGAUGGGAUCUUGAACUCCUUGAAGAACAAAAGUCUUCCCCAGCCCUUGCAAACAUUCAGGCGGCUCAGAGGCUGCCAUUGUCACAACCAAUUUCACAGCCAAGACUACAAUCCACAAGUUUGAGACCUGAAACUACAGGAAAGGUGACGAAAGAUGAAGUUGAUAACGUGUUGGAAUCUAUAGCUGCUCCAGAACCUGCUACUAGUGCCAGGCCUUUAGCCUCUGGAAGAGGCAGAGGACGGAAACAGGCUGCUCCAAAAUUGGGCGCACAGAGGAUAAACAGGACAUCCUCAAGUGGGAUGUAAAUCAUGUAAGAAGUUGAAAUGAAAAUGGAAAAAGCUUAGAAGGAAAGACCAAGUUAUGCACAUUUUCUUACUUGGAUGACUGGUCUACCAUCUGAAUGCAAUGAAUUCAUGACACCGUCAGCUGAUUAGCUGUUGUCAAUGGGCUGACAUAUUGUUUUGAUCUGGUAACAUCAUUCUUUUCCUGGGAAGAUCAUUUCUCA